CCGCUGUGAAACGUAACCACACGGCGCUAUGAAGGCAUCCCGGAAGACUCCACCACCCGCCCCGUUUAUCCCCCAAACACAAAUACGCACCAUUUGGCUCCUUCUCGUUUACGCGUCGCACGCCGCCGCCGACACAAUGGCAGACAAGACCCAGUUGCCAAGCAGAGACCGCGCUAUGAAAGGAAGGGACGAGAAAAUGGUCGUGGCAGACAAGCAUGCAGUCAGUGGGAAUCCCACUGUGGAGCCCUUUCCAGAAGGCAUGGAGACCAUUAUGUUUGGAAUGGGCUGUUUCUGGGGAGUCGAGAAACUCUUCUGGAAGCUUCCAGGAGUCUUCUCCACACAGGUGGGCUACGCCGGAGGCUUCACGCCCAACCCCAAUUACGAGGAGGUCUGCACAGGUCUGACGGGUCACACCGAGGUGGUGAGGGUGGUCUUCUCCCCUAAAGAGAUCAGCGUGGAGCAACUUCUCAAACACUUUUGGGAAGGCCACGAUCCCACACAAGGCAUGAAGCAGCACAAUGACCGCGGCACCCAGUACCGCUCGGCCAUAUACACGUCCAACCCCGUUCAACAGGAGCUGGCGCUGAAGAGCAAAGUGGUCUUCCAGCCGGAGCUGGAGAAGAAGGGCUAUGGUCCCAUCACAACUGAGAUUCUGGAAGGGCAGCAUUUUUACUACGCCGAGGACUAUCACCAGCAGUACCUCAAGAAGGUACCUAACGGGUAUUGUGGGCUCAAAGGCACCGGGGUCUCUUGCCCCAUGGGAGCUGGGAAGGAUGAGCUGUAAGGGGGUAUGUGGUGAGAAAAGCAAUAAUCAGUUGAUGGUUAAAUAUCUUCUAUAAGCACUUAAAGUCACCGUCGACUGUUUUUCUUAUUGCAUUUUUUAAUUACUGGAGUUAAAUACAUGCAUUUAUCUGUAAUUUUGUACUCACAUAAUGGUCAUAUUAACUAUAAAUUCAGAGUGAAGGAUGAUAUUUUCAGCACAAUUCUGUAGUGCAAACAAAAAAAAAAGAAAGCAAAACAACUCCUAGUCACAGUCAAAAAUGUAACUGGAAAAAAAAACGUUUAAAAAACAGUUGGUGCAGCACUUCGCAGUAACGGUUUGUUUCCAUUGGAUGGCGACAUUUCUCAAAGAACGCAAAUUCAACCACAUGAGAUUUUUAAGUUGAAGUCAAAUAUCAAAGGAUUGCUUGAAGGUAAAAACAUGGUUGUUUUUGUGAACCUGAAUUGUUUUCAUAUCUGGUACUCGUUUUAUGUCUUCUUAAAACCAAAACACUGUGACUGAGCUCGGGCUCUUUUUAUAUCCCUUACAGAUUGUAAUCUGUAACAUAAUGGUAGUAUUCGUAUUAGAAUGGAAAUACAAUAUAUAAUAUAUAACUUUACCAGCAUGAUUUUACUGAAAUGUUUUUUUUGGAUUUUUACUGUGAAUUAUAAAUACAAAUUAUAAAGACAAAUUGAACCCAUGUCUCAUUUUGGGAAUAAUAAAAUCUAUUUUCUGUC